UCCUCAGUUUCCUCUUUUUUAGCUUAUAUGCAUCUUGAUGCAAGUAACAGAAUUUGCUGCUGCAUUUGGUUUCAGGAAUUUGGUUUCUUUUCUGAGUGAACUUCAGUAUCUAUUAGGAAGUCAAUGCAGCAGCAGUGAUUUUGAGUUCUGUUUCUUUUUAAGUUUUUAAUUCAUGACAAUGGCAAUAAAUCACAGACUCAGAAUUCUUCUUUGUCUUCUAACAUUCAAAACAGGGUUCAGUGCUGAGAUCUCUGUGGUUGUGCAAACAGGAAAUUCUGUUCAACUGCAUAUACAGACACGAGAACUACCAGAGUUUGAUGAUUUAUCCUGGAAAAAUGAUAAAUCAGAGAUUAUAGUUAGAUAUACAAGUGAAACUAAAAGAGUAAGACUUCACUCUUCCUACAAGGACAGAGUGGAUUUCAAUGAUACAACCUUCUCUCUGACACUGAAGAACAUGCAGAAGACAGACAGUGGACUCUACACAGCAAGAGCAAGUGGAGAAUCAGACAACAAUAUUGUUACAUACAGAGUAUCUGUUAUAGAUGCUGUGGAGGCUCCUGUCCUGACAGUGAACUCAAACUGGCUCAGCGGUAACUUCUGUACUGUGAACUUCACAUGCAGAGCUCAUGAGCUCAUGAUUACCUCUAGCUAUCAGAACAACAGAUGCUCUCCAGAGGAAGUGACAUCACAUGAGAACUACACUCUCAUCCUGGACUGCAGUGAGGAAUCCAUCUUCUGUAACCAUAGCAACCCUGUCAGCUGGAAUGAAGACAAAAUAAACAUCAAAGAACUCUGCAUUAAUGAAGAGAAUGACAAUUACCAGAUUGAGUCAUCUAUCCUGUGGCCAGUAGUUGGUUCAGUGGCAGUGUGCAUUUUGAUAUGUCUUUCAGUCUUUCUGUACUUCAAGUAUAAAAAAGGUAUGUCCAUCAAGAUCACCGCAAAUACAGUUUAUGCUCAAGUUGAGGCUCAGGAAAUGCAGAAAAUCAACAGCGACUGCAAUACAUACGAUAUUCCAGACCGGGUUCAAGCCCAGACAGAAGAUGAAACUGGAGAUAAUCGACCCAACACAACCUACUGCACAGUAGGACAAUACCAAGAACAAAAAAUCCCCCCUGAAACAGAGAAAACUAUUUAUUCAGUGGUGAACAAAAAACCAAACCAGAAACCACCUGCCAUUUCAUCUGAUGACACUUAAAAAAAGUUGUGGCUAUUUGUCACAUGAGGAAGUUGUCACAAGGCCUGAUCUCAAAAUGGUAUACUACCCUUACUAUCUCUGCCAUAUCUUUAUAUGGUAGAAAUAAUGGUUUCUCUAGCAUUGGUUUAGCAUCCAGAUCCAAAGUGUUAUGAGUGUGAAUUCUAUUCUUUAAUGUGAUUUUGUACACAGAAUAUAUAACUUCCAAAAAUAACCACACAGUGAGAAAUAU